CGGCGGCGCGCGUGCGUAGCCCGCUCCCCGGCCAUGGCUGGCUGGACGGGCGCCGCGCUCUCGGCGCUCAACCCGCUGCGAGCGCUGUGGCUGGCGCUGGCCGCCGCCUUCCUGCUCGCGCUGCUGCUGCAGCUGGCGCCCGGCAGGCUGCUGCCGAGCUGCGCGCUCUUCCAGGACCUCCUCCGCUACGGGAAGACCAAACAGUCCGGCCCGCAGCGCUCCGCCGUCUGCAGGGCCUUCGAUGUCCCCAAGAGGUAUUUUUCUCACUUCUACGUCAUCUCCGUGUUAUGGAAUGGCUACCUGCUCUGGCUCCUCUCUCAGUCUCUGUUCCUGGGAGCGCCUUUUCCAAACUGGCUCCGCACUUUGCUCAGAACUCUUGGGGCCACGCAGUUCCGAGCACUGGGGAUGGAGUCCAAGGCCUCCCAAAUGCUAGUGGGUGAGCUGGCUCUGUCUGCCUUCUUGGUGUUGGUGUUUCUCUGGGUCCACAGCCUGCGGAGACUCUUCGAGUGCUUCUGCAUCAGCAUCUUCUCUAACGCGGUCAUUCACAUCGUGCAGUACUGUUUCGGGCUUGUCUACUAUGUCCUGGUUGGCCUGACGGUACUGAGCCAAGUGCCCAUGGAUGACAAGAAUGUGUACGUCCUGGGGCGGAAUCUACUAAAACAAGCUCGGUGGUUCCACAUCCUGGGGAUGAUGAUGUUCUUCUGGUCAUCUGCCCAUCAGUACAAGUGCCACGUCAUUCUCAGCAACCUCAGGAGAAACAAGAAAGGUGUGAUCAUUCACUGCCAGCACAGGAUCCCCUUUGGAGACUGGUUCGAAUAUGUGUCUUCGGCUAACUACCUAGCAGAGCUGAUGAUCUACAUCUCCAUGGCCGUCACCUUCGGCUUCUACAACUUAACCUGGUGGCUGGUGGUGAUGUAUGUCUUCUUCAGCCAAGCCCUGUCUGCAUUCUUCAACCACAAAUUCUACAGAAGCACAUUUGUCUCCUACCCAAAGCACAGGAAGGCUUUCCUCCCGUUUUUGUUUUAAAGGCAGACUGUAUGGGGACAGAUUCCAGUGCUGGAGACUCUGAGACAGAGACUGAAGUACGCCUCCUGCAGGAAUGCUGACAUUUUCCGUUCUACUUCAGUGCUGAGCUGUGUCCACUGAGCAAGCCAGUGCUCCUGGAGGAGACAUCCGGGCAGGACCUGCACUUGCGGGCUCUGCUUUCUGCCAAGCUUUACCGAGCCAACCAACUGCUGACAAGCAAAUGGGCAUCUCCAAGCUGCUUUAGGCUCAUACUAACCAGCAGUAUGAACAGCUUCUCAUGCAUGCAUGGUUGAAUGCUCUCUCUCGUUCUCUUCUAUUCUUUCUUGUUCUCUCUCUUAUCUAAGAAAGAAACAAGAUCACCUGUGUCUGGGGUAGCCUUGGGAACAGUGAACUGGACUGAAUGCUGUGGGAUAUGAUCAGUUUUUCUUGAAUGUUUUAUGUCAAUAAAAACAGAAACCUCUGAAAAUAACAUGAAUGUAUGGUAUCAUACCAGUGGUCCCAGAGAGAAAGGAGUUUGCUGGUGUUAGUUAAUAUUCUGAAGUUUCCUAUCAGUAUCUCCACUUACAUAACUGCUGCCCUGAAAACCUACCUAAUAGUACGCUUGCAAACCUCUUUGAAAGAAUUCUCUUUUUGACAUGUGUACUGAAAACAUUGAGAAAUAAAAUAUUUUUAUACCAUGCA